AUGCCGUUACCCACCAAAUGGAAUCAGAAACGGCGGACUCCGCCACCCGGUUUUGAGGACGUCGAGCCUGUCCUCGAAGCGUUGGAAAAUGAAUUGCGCGACAAGGUCAAGGAAACCAACGCGAAACAACGCAAGCAGGAGGCUAUGUGGCCGGUACACCAGAUUAACUGGCAAAAGUCUCGGUACAUUUACGACUUGUAUUACACGCAUGAGCGAAUUUCCAAAGAAGUUUAUCAGUACUGCAUUCAGCAAAAAUUGGUUGAUCCAGCCCUGAUUGCCAAGUGGAAAAAGCCAGGAUACGAGCGACUUUGUUCAACCUACGUCAUUAGUCCAGUUAAUUACAAAUUUGGGACGACAAGCCUAUGUCGUGUCCCAUGGAAGGAUAGAUCAGAAGACCAAAAG